AUGAGCUGCCUCGAUCCAUUUGGCAUCUACAACAAGAACAGUUUCAACUUGACAUGCCAAUACAAAGGUUAUGCAACACUAGGUCAAGCUUGUGAGACCACUGCCUCUUGCUCGACCAAGGCUUUGGUAUGCCAAGCUGGUACUUGUCAGUUGCCACCAUCCACCAAGUGUACAUUCGAUGACGACUGUUCCAUUGACGAAUGGUGUCAAGAUAACUUCCAAUCAACUGCCGCCUGUGUCCCAAGAGUCGGUGUCAAUGGUGCAUGCCAGCCCUACAAGGACAAUAAUCAAUGCCAACUGGGACUAGUAUGCUCUUAUGUCGAUGCCACCAGAACCAACAGGACAUGUAUCCCUAUAGCCUCCAAGGGUGAGGGCCAACAAUGUUGGGACACUUACAGUAUGGACUUUGAUGGAGUUAUCCCAGAUUAUGAAUGUGAUCUCUCCAAGGGUCUGGUAUGUAUCAAUGAUACAUGCCAGAAACCAAUUGCAUUCGAACGGGUUAAUGUCAACUGUUCCGGCUCUGAUGUUUGCCCUACUGGAUCCCUACAGUGCAUCUGUCAAACAACCAACUCAACUGAGGGAACAUGUGCAUACACCAACAAUUACAACUCUGGAUGUGGAAAUACUAUCAAGGACUUGGUGAGCUGUCUUGUGAAGAACAAAUGUCAGACCGUCACAGGAAACUAUGAUUUCACCAAACACAUGUUUCUACAAACAUUGUGGGGGCAUUGUCUGUAA